AGAGAGAAGGAUAGUGGCUUGGUGCAAGUGCGAUCCCCCCCCCCCCCCCCCCACAUCUCCCGCAGAGUCCACGGCCGAUCCAUCCCCUCGUGCAGGCCGCCGGCGGCGGGGAGGAGGAGGAGGAGGCGAUGGCGUCGUCGCAGGCCAACCUCGACAAGAUGCAGCUCCGCCAGAGCUACCGCAACCUCUGGCACUCCGAUCUCACCAGCACCAUCCAGGCCGACUUCCCAUAUUGCUGCCUCGCGCUCUGGUGUGGACCAUGUGUGUCAUACAUGCUUCGCAAAAGGGCUCUGUAUAAUGACAUGUCAAGAUAUGUCUGCUGUGCUGGGUACAUGCCAUGCAGUGGGAAGUGUGGUGAAAGCCGAUGCCCAGAGUUCUGUCUUGCUACUGAGGUGUUUCUGUGCUUUGGUAAUUCAGUUGCUUCAACCCGCUUCUUGCUCCAAGAUGAAUUCAACAUACAGACAACUAAAUGCGAUAACUGCAUCAUUGGCUUCAUGUUCUGCCUCCAACAAAUUGCUUGUAUCUUCUCUAUAGUUGCCGCUAUUGUUGGUAGUGAAGAGCUUUCAGAGGCUUCCCAAAUCCUUUCCUGCUUGUCUGAUAUGGUCUACUGCUCGGUUUGCGCCUGUAUGCAGACCCAACACAAAAUUGAAAUGGACAAGAGAGAUGGGAAGUUCGGCCCACAGCCCAUGGCAGUGCCUCCAAUGCAGCAAAUGUCGCGCAUCGAUCAGCCUAUUCCACCUCCUGUUGGGUACACACCACAACAGCCAGCAUACGGUCAGCCUUAUGGUGGCUAUCCUCCUGCUCCGCCUGCUCAAGGUUAUCCACCAGCUGCUUACCCUCCGGCAGGUUACCCCCAGGGUGGUGCAUACCCUCCCCCUGGCUCUUAUCCCCCACCUGGUUCCUACCCGCCUCAGGGCUCCUACCCUCCUCCACAAGGUUACUACGGCAAGUAAAGGAAAUGCAGAAAUUGGAGAUAUGUCUUUGUGACGAAAUCGGUAUAUUGUGAACAAUGUAAACAUUAGGGUGGUUGUAGUGUUAUUAUAGGUGAUGUCGAUAUAUUAAUCGAUCUGUGACUGGUCUGGGUGGUAAACUGCAAACAUAAUUUGGAUUCCUCCGGGUGUGGUAUACUGUGAACCCGUUUCGUAGAAAUUAUCAGCUCCCCGUGUUGAUCAUUCUUGAAUACGUUCUUCUCUGAAUAAAGGAUCGCCAUGAAAUGUCAACUUAGA